AUGGAGACUACUUGUUUGAUUCAAGAACCCCGAAAGAAGCAGAAACUGAAUGAAGAAGAUCAGGACAUCGAUGGGAACAGCAAAUGCUUAGUUGACUUACCUGAGGAGGUUCUUCAACACAUCCUUUCAUUUCUUCCAACAAAAGACGCUGUUAGGACAAGCGUGCUUUCUAAAAGCUGGGAAUACAGAUGGACAUCUAUUCCCAAUCUAGAUUUUCAUUGGGAGCUGCCGUCGCCUGCUAAGAGAAGGCUUUUGAUGAAUUUUGUGGAAAGGGUGCUCUGUCUUCGUGACUCCUGUGUUAUGAAACGAUUCACUCUCUAUUGUGAUGUGCUACGUGAUGCAUCUCGUGUUAAUACGUGGAUCUCUGUUGCAGUAAGGCAUAAUGUUCAAGAGUUGUAUAUUGAGCUUGACAACUUCCAAAGUGAAUUUUCACUGCCUUAUUGCUUGUUUACUUGUAAGACACUGACAAGCUUACAUCUUUAUAUACCCUAUAUCCUCAAGCUUCCCACUACGAUUUGUUUCUCAAAUCUAAAGACCUUGACUAUCGUAAGUGUUACAUUUUCGGAUGAGUACUUAACAGGGCAGUUUUUCUCUGGUAUGCCAGUCCUUGAGAACUUGUGUUUAUACAAUUGCAGCUGGGGGGGUCUCAAGGUUGUGCGUUUUUCUGCUCCCAAGCUUCAUUCUCUGAGCAUAAAGGAAUUUGAGAUGCAAGAUUCGAGUUAUGGGGAUGGUUGUCAGGUUAUGAUUUUUGCAGUCAGUCUGAUAGAAUUUGAUUACACUGGUGAACUGUUCAGCGACUAUUGCUUAUACAAGUCAUUCUCACUGGAAAAGGCAAAGAUUUAUACUUUCCCUGAUAAUACAUCAGCUCAAAAUAGUCGUCGCAUGUAUAGGCUUCUUAUAGGGCUCUCCAACGUAAAAGAACUAAGACUUUCCUCUGAGGUGGUUGAGAUGUUAGACGAACAUUCUCGUAGACGAGGAAAUGUCAUGACACAGAAAGAGUCUGAAAUCAUUUGA